AUGUCUCGCAACUUCCACCCCGUCAACGCCAACUCGCCCUCCACCACUACUCUCACCUCCGACCACGACAUUGAUCCUUCUCUUGAGGACAACAGCAACAAUAAUACCAUCAUCCAACCCUAUCUCUUUCCCCCAGGCGUGUCUACCAAUACCAGCUUCAACAGCAACGAUCAAACCCUGGUGGACAACUGCUCCAACAUUGAGGUCUCACAGCUUGUCACUGAGGCAAACCGCUUCUGGGGCAAUUGCUCAACGACCAUCCCCAGCAUUGAGACAGGUACAUCAGCUGCAGAAUACCCAGCCACAUACAGGAUGGGUAACUAUGACCAUGGCUAUGGUGAUCAAAACAUGCACGAAACAUCCGUGCCAUACGGUCCGUGCGACCACUUUCAGGUGGCCGGGACAGGAAUGGACAUGGGAAUGAGAAUAGCUGGCAUGAAAGGAGAGGACGAGGAUGACAUGUACAAUGCCAACCAAGCUUCCAUGCUUGCCGCGCUGGGCAUGACUCACCUUGAUGAGGGAGGAUCUCAUGCAGUGGAUGAUGACGCCAAAACUUCAUCGUCGGUUACAGUUGACGAUGAUCCUGAGUGGAAGGAGUGGAAGAAGUGGAAUGAGACGGACGCGAAUGGGGGAGUUAGAUUACCCUCGGAAGAAAGGAUGGACCAAGCAGGUGUUGCUACUUGGGUGGAUAUAGACCCUGAGGAGAGGAAGACAAACGAGGGAUUCAUGUCCUCGAAGGAGAAGAUGGAUCAAGCAGGCGUUGCUGCUUGGUUGGAUAUGAACCAUGAGGAGGACCAUGGGGUCUUCCAACAUGAAGAAGAGGAUGACUAUGACGAAGAUGAGACCACAUCUUACGGAUCCGACGAUGACAUGAUGGAAAUGGGGGAAGAGACGGAGUAUUAUGAAGAGGAAGAGGAGGUUGUCAACGUGGUCGAGGGCCCUUCAAGACAGGUUCUUAUCAGUUCACAGACAGGAGCUGUUGCCGAGUACGAUACAGCAAGCUUUGGAUGUGACUUUGAGGCAGAGGAAGAAGAAAAAGAAGAAGAGCAACACAACGAAGAAAGAUGGGGUGGAGACAGACAACCUCGUCCCUCCCCCUUUCCUUGCUUCUACGACGCUCGAUCGGGGCUUAUUAUCGAUAUUUCCUCAUCCGAAAGUGACGCCGAAGAGACCAUGUCAGAUCCCUCUUCCGACGAUGAUGUCGAAGAAACCAUGUCAGAUCCCUCUUCCUCAUCCACAUCUUCCUCCUCAUCACCAACCUCAGAAAACCCCCAAGCAUACGCCCUCCCCUGGCCCACCUCACCGUCCAACCUCAGCACUAGCACUACCACCAGCAGCACCAGCGCCAGCACCCCGACAGAGACAUCACCACCGCCAUCAUCACAACCUGUUCGACCCUCAUCAUCCACGCCCUUCACCCUCCUCGCCGACCUGCACACCCACCUCAGCAGCGCCCCAAACCACCGCGCCACGCAUCUCCGCAACCUAGCCAACGAAAUCUCCAACACGAUGUACUUCGUCAACAGCCGGACAAUCUCCGGGGACUUCAGCGCGGAGGACGCAGCGCCCGUAGACCGGGUAAUGCGGAUCGUGCGCGAAGGGGAGUUGAAGAUGCGGUACCAGGAGCGGUAUGAGCGGCAGAAGGGGAAGCUGGUGAAGCGGGAGAGGAGGGUCGCAGAGCGGGAAGACCGCGUGAGUAAGAGGGAGGAGAUGGUGAGUCGGCGGGAGAUGGGGGUUGCGGGGUGGUGGGAGGUAUGGAGGGAGAGGGGGAGGGAGGUGUGGGAGGGGGUGGAAGGGGAGAUGGAUGGGGGAAAUGGGGAUGGGGUCAGGAGGAAUGCGAUGGAUACGUUGCAGAGGACGGUGAGGGUUACGAGGGAGGUUGUGAGGAGGAUGGAUAAGUUGAUUGAUGAGAGUGAGAUUAAUGUUGAUGGCGAUUGUGAUGUUGAGGGGGGAGUUGAGUUGUGA